AUGGGCCUGUUUUCUCGCAAGGAAAAGGCCCCCAAAGCCUCGGGCAAGCCGUCAAUCAACACGUCAAACGUCAGCAUCGCCUCUGGUGCAUCCAGCAUCAAAUCACCACCGCCACGUAGCACCACAAUGAACAGGUCCUCCGGAACGAGCACAACGCCUGGCACGCCUUUGACGCCCUUCUCACCUACCUCUAUACCCAAGGUCGAUCUGCCGCGUCCUCCUGACCCGCAACUUGACCCGGCGGGAUACCUUCGGAGCUUGGGGGCGGUCAGAGAACGAAGCAAGAUUGUCACGGACAAGGCGAUUCGUAAUGAAUUGAAGCACUUUGACGUGGAUAUGCGCAAGUUCCCAGAUGUUGUGACAUUCGUCUCUCAGAUCAUCAAGGUACGAGUCAGCCUCUCAGCGCUUCUGCAGGUGUUUGCGUGCCCUGGCACCUCCCACCCCCACGCUAUCUGGAGAGACUACGACGCACCGUACAAUUCGAUUCCUGGCCACGGAAGACACCAACACUUCUGCGUCGGCGGUCGUGACCGCAUUGCACAGCUUCUUUCCACAUUCCCCGAGGAUGUCGACAACAGCGAAAAGUGUCGUCGCAUGAUUGACCUUUUCCUCGUGAGUGUGCUGCUGGACGCUGGCGCAGGCACAAAAUGGAGUUACAAGAGCACCGAAAAUGGACGCAUAUACCGCCGGUCAGAAGGCAUCGCCGUAGCUAGCUUGGAGAUGUUCAAGAGUGGUCUUUUCUCCAGCGACAGCAGAAACAAGUUCCAGGUUGACAAGGAGGGACUGCGCAACCUGACAGUAGAGAGGGUAGCUGCUGGCUUGCAAUCGAAACCAGGCAACGAAAUGGCAGGCAUUGAAGGCAGAACACAAUUGCUUCAACGGCUCGCAAAUGCCCUGACCGAUAAGAAGGAAUACUUUGGCGAUAGCGGACGGCCAGGUCACAUGGUUGACUACCUCCUAUCGCACCCCUCGACUCAAGCUUCUUCGAUGCCGAUUGUGAUUCUCCCGACGUUAUGGAAUCUCCUGAUGAACGGCCUCAUGCCCAUCUGGCCAGCAUCUCGGACCUCGAUCAACGGCGUAUCUCUCGGCGAUGCCUGGCCUUGCCAAUCAAUGCCGCAACCCCCGCAGAGUCCGACGACGUCGCAAUUCUCACCGUUUCCGCCAUCUGCUCAGAACUCGACCGCGGCAUGGGAGUCUAUCUUGCCGUUCCACAAGCUUACGCAGUGGCUCUGCUACAGUCUGAUGCAGCCUAUGCAGUCACUACUGCGCAUCCACUUUGCCGGCGUGGAAUUGCUCACCGGCUUACCCGAGUACCGCAACGGCGGCUUGUUCAUCGACUUGGGAGUUCUUACGCUAAAGGCAGACGAUUCCGAGAGAGGCCUUGAGCACUACGACGAGUACUGCAGAAGGACAAACGUCAAGCCCGUUGAGGUUGCGCCAAUGUUCGAGCCUAGCGACGAUGUGAUAGUCGAGUGGCGUGGUGUCACGGUCGGCUUCCUGGAUAGGCUUUGCGUAGAGGUCAACAGACAUAUGAAGAACGACCUGAAGGGCAAUCAAUUGACUCUGGCCCAAAUACUUGAGGCCGGAAGUUGGAAGGGAGGUCGUGAGAUGGCAGAGUUUAGCAGACCCAACACGAAAGAACCGCCAAUUUUGAUCGAUAGCGACGGCACCGUUUUCUAG